AGAAUUCGCUGAGCAGCAUGGCGUGUUCGAGUCGCGCAGCUUCAGCUAGAUACCUAUCAUCGGCAAUGUUGUGGGAUCUUAGAUGAAGAGAAAAAAGGCGAAGGAACAUCGAGUCGACGCAUUCGACACAAGCCAGUUGGUGCACUGAGUGAACGCGUUGUUUUCGCGAAGACGAGAAAUAAGACGAACUUGAUUGACAAAGAUUCAGCGAGAUGAAUAAGCGAAGGAGAACUUCUUCGGUGGCUAGUCGAGGAACCGAGGAUGACCCCGAUGAUAUAAUACCAGAGCCUACCAAAAGAAGAAAAAAAAUGGACCCGAGCGAUUUGUGCCUUCAGCUUUAUGAUUUGCUGAGGAACCACAGGAAAGAAGAUGGUUCGCUGCUAUGUGACUCUUUUAUACGUGUUCCUAAGAGGCGACAAGAACCAGGAUAUUAUGAAGUUGUUUCAAAUCCCAUGGAUCUUCUGAAGGUUCAACAGAAAAUUAGGACUGAUGAAUACCGGGAUAUGGAUGAAAUGGCUAAUGACAUUCUACUAAUGGUCAAGAAUGCCAAAGCCUUUUAUAAUCGAACCUCGCAAGAAUAUAAAGAUGCAACUGAACUUUGGGAUCUUUGUGUUAGCACAAAAACUCGGAUAAUGGAUGAGUAUGAAGAUGAACCAUCCAAAGGAAAACUAGUUUUGAAGACUAAGAGAACCAUAACUAGGCAAGAUGAUGCAGAAGACACCUCUGAGAGCUCCACAAAUCCGGAUGAUGAUAUACAAGCCUAUGAGGAUUUGUUUGCAGCAGUUAUGUUAGCUACAGAUCCUUCGGAUAGUGACAGACCACUUCAUCUUCCAUUUCUUCUUAAGCCUUCAAAAAAGCUCUAUCCAGAAUAUUAUGAAGUUAUUGACCAACCCAUAGAUCUUAAAACAAUAGCUAUCAAAGUGCAAGAAAAUGUUUACAACAACAUUGCUGAAAUGGAAAGGGAUUUAAUGCUUAUGUGUCGAAAUGCAUGUAACUUCAAUGAACCAGGAUCAUGGAUCUAUAAGGAUGCUAAAUUAUUGAAAAAAAUUAUUUCCACUGCAGCUAAGAAACAAACAAAUGAUGUUACUGGUCCUGUUUUAAAAUCAAUGUCAGCUGCAUUGUCCACCAGGAGUAAACGAGGCAAUCGAUCAGCACAUGCACUAAUAGCUCAAUCAGCUGCCCUCCGAGAUGAAGAUGAAGAAAGUGAUGAUGAAGAAGAAGAUCCUUUAGAUACUGAAGAGAGUGACAAUCCACAAUGGCAGUUAUUUCAAACUAUAAGAACAGCUCCUAAUAGUACAGGCUUAAGAAUGAGCGAAUUCUUUUGGACUUUACCAUCAAGGCAAUUAUAUGCUGAUUAUUAUAAAACGAUUAAAAAUCCAAUAUCCUUGUUGCAAAUCCGUAAAAAAAUUAAGAGAGGAGAGUAUGGAACUGUCAGUGAAGUUGCUGGAGAUAUGAAUCUUGUGUUUGAAAAUGCCAAAAAGUAUAAUGUACAUAAUUCUCGUUUAUAUAAGUUUGCUGUCAAACUGCAAAAGGUAAUGCAAGAAAAAGUUCAAGAAUUGUUAGAGUUUGAUCAGGAAUCAGAGUCUGAAGAUGAGCCAGACAACGCUCAUCCAAAACUUAUAAAGAGAGCUUCAAAUAUUCUGACACGUGGAAAAUAUAAAGACAAUAUUCCUCUAAAAAAGAGAUUACAUAAACUUGUUAAAUGCGUUAUAGAAUACAUUACUGAUGAUGGCCGACAACCUAUAUUAAUGUUUAUGGAAAAGCCUUCAAAAAAAUUAUACCCAGAUUACUAUCAAGUAAUAGCUGAACCAAUUGAUAUGUUGACUAUAGAAGCAAAUAUCAAAGCUGAAAAAUAUCAUACUGAGAACGAACUUAUUCAAGAUUUUAAACUAAUGUUCAGGAAUUGCCGCCAAUAUAAUGAAGUAGGAUCUUCGAUUUAUGAAGAUGCGAAAACCUUAGAAAAGGUAUUAAUGGACAAAAUAAAAGAAUUAGGUCCUCUGCCAGAACCUGUUAAACCAAAUAAGUUAACUACUCCUACUAGAAACGUUGGUUUGUGUAAUUAUAGGAGACCUAGAAAAGUGGUGCCUUUACAUUUACAAAAAAUGCGUACCAUGUAUGAUACUAUCAAAGAUUAUCAUGAUGCCAAAGGUCGGCAAUUGUCGUCAAUUUUUAUGAAAUUGCCAAAUGUUAAAGAGUAUCCUGAUUAUUAUGAAGUAAUUAAAAAUCCUAUCCAUAUGGAAAAAAUUGCAUCUAUAUUGAAGAAUAACGGCUAUGAUACUCUUGAUGACUUAGUAUCAGAUUUACUACUCAUGUUUGAUAAUGCCUGCAAGUACAAUGAACCAGACUCACAGAUUUAUAAGGAUGCACUUAUAUUGCAAAGGUUAGUACUUCAAACUAAGCUGCAACUAAGUGAAGAUGAAGAAAGUGUUCCGGAUGUUGCAGCCGCGGUACAAGAAAUACUGGCAUCAAUAUUUACUGCCCUAUAUAACCAUCAAGAUGAAGAAGGACGCUGUUAUUCAGAUUCAAUGGCUGAAUUACCCGAACACGACAUAGUCGAUGGCAAAAAGGUUCGAGGAUUGUCACUCGAUCUGAUCAAACGUCGUUUAGACAAAGGUGUCUAUAAAAGGCUUGAUAGAUUUCAAGAAGAUGUUUUUAGUUGUCUGGAAAGGGCAAGAAAACUAUCUCGUACUGAUUCUCAGCCAUUUGAGGAUAGCGUUGAACUUCAAGCUUUUUUUCUACGCACAAGAGAUGAGGUAACCAGAAAUGGAGAUUUAUUACACUCAUCUGCUCUUAACUACUCUCUUCAUGAUUUGGCAAAUCAAGUAGCUGAGUUGAAACGAAUAAAAGUUCAACAGGAACCUUCUUCCUCAAAUGAUGAUGAAAGUUGUGAUGGCAAUGAUAAAGAGGCCGAUACAAGCAAUAGUGCAACAAAUAGUGAUAAUGGAGGCUUUAUGAGCUUUAAUCAGGAAACAUAUAGAGCAGGAGAUUUUGCAUACAUUGAGCCAACAGAGCGUGGCAUGGAUACUAGUAUUGUUCUCAUAGAAAGGUUAUGGACAAAUGCAGAAGGACAACAAAUGCUCUACGGCAAUCUCUUUUACCGUCCAAGUGAAACCUAUCAUGUAGCUUCAAGAAAAUUUCUUGAUAAGGAGUUAUUCAAAAGUGAUGCUCAUGUAGCAGUACCAUUAGCUAAGGUUGCUGGCAGGUGCUGUGUUUUGAGUGUAAAAGAUUACUUUCGAAUGGUGCCCGAAGGUUUUUCCGAGAAAGAUGUUUAUGUAUGUGAAUCAAGGUAUUCAACAAAAGCAAGAGCUUUCAAGAAGAUCAAAGUUUGGAAUUUUGAUCCAGAUCAUCUGAAAUUGUCACCAAGAGAUAAACCUUUGGAGCCAAAACGCGUUAUUUCUGUAUAUAAAGAGAGGUUGGAAAAACAUAAAGAAGAAAUUGCAGAACUUGAAGAAGGGGAAAAGCUAAUAGAAAAAGAAAAGCCGAAUGUGAUACUAUUCAAUGCUGAUGAUCCAGAUAAUACUUAUUAUGAACAAUAUAAUACAUGUGUGGGACCUGUGAAGUUAGGAGACUUUGUUUAUACUGCAACUGAUGGCGGUAGGCAGCAAAUUACUCAGAUUGACUCUAUAUGGUCAACUAAAGAUGAAAAAUGUUACUUUAGAGGGCCUUGGCUGUUAGGUCCAACUGAAAUCACACAUGCACCUUCAAAAUUAUUUUACAAACAAGAAUUAUUUUUGUCGACAGUAGAUGCUACACAUCCUAUUGUUGCUAUAGUUGGAAAAUGUGCUGUUCUUGAUUACGGAGAAUAUAUAUGCAGUCGCCCAACGGAAAUACCAGAAGAUGAUAUAUUUAUCUGUGAAUCUGCGUUCGAUGAAAAUAAAAAUAUGAUACGAAAACUUGGUGCAGAAGGUCUGAAAAAGUUUAAUCAUUCUAAUCAAGUAACAGAAGAUGAAAUUUACUUUUUCCGAAAACCAAUUAAUCCCGCCAAGGUGCCUAUUGAUGUGCCUCAAACACAAAAUCAGAGUAAAUCUAUUGGUGCUUCUCCAAGUCAAUUUGAAACGGAGGCAUCGCCAUACUUUUCGAAGCUGGAUGUGCUAGGCUCUGAUGGGAUAGGAAUUGGAGUGGGUGAAGACAGCUUGGAUGCUCCACCAUCGGUUGGUUCCACGGAAGCUCAACCGGUGCUCUCCAAUUCACAAACACCCGUAUCUUCUAAAAAGAAAGUGCCAGGUAGGAAAUUGGUUACAGGAUAUAUUUUGUAUGCGAGUAAAAUGCGAACGACCGUCACGCAAAAUAAUCCUGAUUCGACUUUUGGAGAAAUCAGCAGAAUGGUUGGAAACGAGUGGCGAAAAUUACCUCCUACGGAAAAAUCAUUGUGGGAGGAAAGAGCAAAUAAGCUAAAUGAAGAAUGUCAAACUCGAUUACAAGCUGGAUCAAUGCAAGAUUUGGUCUAUGAAUGUUGUUGGGAAAAUUGCGAUUGGCAGUUUGAGGAUAUGGCAGACUGUAUUGAACACAGUGUGGCAGAUCAAACUGGUCAUAUUCAGACCUUUUUUGCCAAUAGCAAUAAUGACUUGGAAUAUCAGUGUCAAUGGCGAGGUUGCGGUCGAAUGAAAAAAUCUGUACCCCCAUUUCCAAGUGUACAAAGACUUGCAAGGCAUGUCAAAGAAGUACAUAUACUUAAAUCCAAUGGACGCGCAAUUCCACCAGCCGAUAGAAGCAAAAACUUUGUACCUUCUAAAGGAUCUACAACAUUGGCCCCAAUGGAGACAGAAACGUCAGCUGCAGCUACGCAAACGAAUAACGCCGUUCCCGCCAAGCAACCAGAGCCAUUAUUUGUUGCAGUUCCUCCCCGUCCAAGUAGGGUACUGCAUUCGGACGCCUACGUAAGGUAUAUUGAAGGUUUGACUACGGAAAACCGGUACAUAUCCAAUUGGGACAAGCAAAUGAACGCCUCUCCCGAAAACACGCAAAUUCCCGAAGUUACAAAGUUACCUGCUGAUUGGUUGGGAAAUGGCGUGGGCAAUCAUGGAAAUGUAGUGAAUGCCUUAUGGACUUUGAGAAACAUGAUGAUGCGUGACGUUUUAGCCAUUAAUAAGACUCUGUAGUUUUUAAAUUAAUAUCUUUGUUUGGAUUAAAGGAUACUAAAAAUUGCCGCUAGAUGUAUGUAAAUACAUCACAGGCUCUUGAGUUCAGAUGGCAAAGAAAGACUGACGUAAUUAAACUUUAGUGUUUUUCUAUUUUUUGGCUUAAAUAAAUUAGACUAUACAUUUUUAUAGACAAAUCUCAUUUCUCGUUAACAACACCAUCCCAAAUUGAGUGACAUCUAUUAUUUUAUAUUAUAUAAUGUAAGAAAAAUGUAUAUUCGAUCAUUGUAUACAUGUAAAUUGCGUUCAUCUUUCCCAUCAUGUGAAUAUGCAUAAAAGUGAAAGUGUGACUUUGAAGAAUGAGGAAAUGAAAUUUAUACAUGACUAUAUAUUCUUGUGUAAGAUUUUUAAGUUAUUGUAUCGCGAUAUGUGGAUAUAUUGUGGAUCUGUCUAUAGUUUACUGUCUAUAAUAGUAGUAUUGCAUAUACAUCUCAGGGUUUAUCCAUGCGUUGAUAACUAAACGAAUUCAAUUUUUAUUGUCAAAAACAAAAAAAAAAAGAACCUAUAGGCAAUCGAAGGGGUGCUGCUGUUAGUUCUAUACAUAAUUAAAAAAAUAGUAUCUAAGUUAUGGAUUAUGUAGAUACUUUUCUUUAAUACUUUGCAAAUACAUUUUUAUCAUCCAUAUAAA